AUGACCGUAGUCGAUAUCGCAACAGUAAUCGACUCAAUGUCACCUUUAGAACAAACCAAUGCAUCUGAACCCUCGAUUAGUGGAGAAUCGUUAGAAUGGCAUCAUUUCUUAUCAACAAAUGAUGAAUGCAACUCAAGAGUCAGUAAAAUUGCCGGAUCUCCGCCACCAAGCUGUAGUGACACGAGGAUAAUGCUUGAAGAAAAUAAAUCUCCCAUUUCUACACCAAGAACGAUAGAGACUUCUGCAUUGCAUUCUGUUAUCCCCCAAUCUGUCACCUCAACAAAUAUUGCGUGGAACAAUUUUUUGCACACUAGUGACAUAACUUCGAACGUUGAUUUUGAGAGUGUCCAAGAUGACAAUGAAAAAUUUGACAUUAAUUCCUUAUUAAGUAUACUUGAUAGUCCUAAAUUAAGUUCUAAAAAAAUAAUUGCAAAUAAAAGGCGCAAGAAAAUUAACCUUGACGAGUUUUCCGAAAACUCUAAUAAUAAUGAGGGUAAUUUAGAUUAUAUAAAAGAAGGCGAACAAUUCAACUAUAAUCAAGAUAUUAUAAUUGGCCAAAAUGUUUUGAAUCGCAUCCAUAAUCUCGAAGUGAAAAAUUCCUGCCUUCAAUUGGAACUAAGUUUUUUGAAACAGGAUAUGAAAUGUCUAAUGAAGGCCACGAAGAAUAAUAGUAAUGAAACUCCAAAUGAACCACAUAGUUCUAAUAUUCAAACGCAAACGGAUGAGUUUGAACAAGUCUCUGUUACAAACAUUGAACCAUCAAUAAAGCAAGACUUUAUGGAACCUUAUGAAACAAAUCAAGACCCAUCUCAGACUAACGAACAAAAACACUUUGUGAAUGAACCAUCUCAAGAUGAAGUUUCUCAAGAUUCGACUAAUGCGUCUUUUUCUUUAGUCAAUAUCCCACAUUCCGGUUCUGAUCACGUGAAAGAGUGUACCAAAAAUAUCCAAUCGUCUGUUUCAUUGAUGUCGCCAACGACAAAUUUUAGUAAUUGGGAGACCUUACCUGAGAUGAUGAAUUCAGACAUGUGUCUUUUUGAUGCACUAGAUGAUGAUGAUGAUCCACAAAAGUGUCUCGAAAUAUCUAAGGACUAA